AUGAAUGAACUUCAUUACAGUGAUAAAAGUGCUUGCAGCCUUCAAAAUAACAGUAUUAUUUACCAAAUUGGUGCCUGUGAACAUAAUAAACUUAAAGAUGACUAUAUUGAAUUAGACGAUUUUUUAUUUGAAAAGCAAAUUUAUGAACAUGCUAAUAUUCAACAAUUUCUUCUAAUUGAUGUUAUAAAACGUUAUCGAUUUAUAAAAGAUUUGCAACUUACAUUUCCAAUCGGUGUAUACAGAGAAUUUUGUAUUAAAUACCAUCAAUGGACUUGUUUAAUUUCUGCAAAUGAUAAGCAUAAAGUUCCUAUCGGAGAAGAUAUUGCAGUUUCUACAGGUGUACGAAAUCGACAUUCAAUAGUUGGACAAGAAAGUAUUUUGGCAGCUGCUGAUCACAAUUUUUCAAAAUUAUCUUUAACUCCCUCUCAUGAUUCAAUGAGCCUUGAAUCUGAAACUUUAUUUGGGAUGGCUAACACCUUAAAUGAUAUAUGUAAAAAAGCUCAAGAAUCUGUUAAAUUAAAAUCUAAGUUAAAAGAAAGUAUUAGAGGUGUUCAAGAAAUAUUAAAUAACAGAACUGAACGGCUCAAAUUGAAAGAUAGCAAGUUUAGAUAUGUUUAUGGAACUAUAACGACUGAAGAACAUAGACCAAUAUACAUGCAAUCGCAGGCAAAAUCUGAAUCAAUUUCAAAAUCUAUUCGAAUUGCAGAAAAAAUUCGUGAUUAUAUUGAUUGUAAAGAUUGCCAGAAGUGUUGCUAUGUGUAUAGUAACAAGUCUUUAACCGAUGAUAAGUUAUAUGACUUUUAA